AUGAAACCUCAAGUCGAGCAAGAAUUGGCCCACGUUCUUUUAACGGAACUUUUGGCCUACCAGUUUGCUUCUCCAGUUCGCUGGAUUGAAACCCAAGAUGUUCUUUUGGGUGACUUCAAAGCCGAAAGACUGGUUGAAGUUGGUCCUUCAGCUACCCUGGCCGGUAUGGCUGAGCGCACGCUCAAAGCCAACUACCAGGGGUUUGAUGCUGCUCUGUCAUUGGAACGUCAGGUUCUCUGUUACGCCAAAGAUGGUAAAGAGAUCUACUACGAGUACGAGCCCGAGCCUGAAUCGGCCGCGCCUGAGCCCGCUGCUGCGCCUGCCCCAGUCGCUGCUGCCCCAGUUGCAACAGCUGCUCCCACUGCGGCCGCUGCAUCUGCUGCUCCCGCCGCUGCAGUCGAUGAUGUCCCGUUGAAGGCUAUUCAGGUGCUCCACGCACUUGUCGCCCAUAAGAUCCGCAAGCCUUUGGAUCAGGUUCCCACUUCAAAGGCAAUCAAAGAUAUGGUUGGUGGUAAAUCAACCGUUCAGAAUGAGAUUUUGGGUGAUUUGGCCAAGGAAUUCUCUGCAAGCCCGGAGAAAGCUGAAGAAGUCCCCUUGGCUGAGUUGGCUGAGCAAUUGGGCGAUAACUUUAGCGGCAAACUUGGAAAGCAUACCACUUCUUUGAUCUCGAAAUUCAUUGCUUCGAAAAUGCCCGGUGGCUUUGCAAUCACCAGCGUUCGUAAGUACUUGCAGACCCAAUGGGGUCUUGGUAGCGGCCGACAGGACGCCGUGCUAUUGAUUGCACUCACCAAGGAACCCUCAAAUCGUCUUUCCUCAGAGGCCGAUGCCAAGGAAUUCUUGGAUGCUGCCGCUCAAGCCUAUGCGACCGCUGAAGGUAUCAGCCUGUCUUCUGGUGCCGCCGCUGGCGCUGGGCAAGCAACCGGAGGUGUUGAUCCCGCCGUCUCAGCAGCUGCUAUUGAAGAGAUCACCAAAGAUCAGAAGUAUCUGGCUCGCCAGCAGCUCGAGAUUUAUGCUAGGUAUCUUCAAACUGAUUUGCGCGACGGUCAGAAGCAGUUCACUGCCCAGAAGGAAGCAACGGCUUUGCUUCAGAAGGAACUCGACCUAUGGCUCACUGAACACGGCGAGUUUUAUGCUGAAGGUAUUCAACCCAUUUUCUCUCCUCUCAAGUCUCGUAUUUACGACUCAUACUGGAAUUGGGCUCGUCAGGAGUGCUUCAGAAUGUUGUUCGACAUUGUUUGGGGCCGUUUAGACACCGUGGACAGAGAGAUCGUUGCCCGCUGCAUUUCAAUCAUGAACCGUGCAAACCCGACUCUCAUCGACUACAUGGUUUACUACAUCGAGAAUGUUCCUACUGAACGCGGUCCUACAUUCGAACUCGCCAAGGAUCUUGCCCAACAGCUCAUGGAGAACUGUAAGGAGGUCCUUGGUACCGACCCUGUCUUCAAGGAUGUCCAGUACCCAACUGGACCCAAGACCACGGUGAACGAGAAGGGUGGAAUCGAAUAUCAGGAGGUUCCUCGUCCUGCUUGCCGGAAGCUUGAACAAUACGUUCUCCAGAUGGCCGCAGGUGACGAACUCACUCGUGAUACAGAGGGUCCUCAAGCCCAGCUUGAGCAGAUUUACGCCCAAAUUGGCCAAUCUGCCGACGUAAAAGCUGCUUUUGAGCUCCUCAAAUCACGAAUUGCCUCCAACGAACCCCUGGCUAAAGGUAUGCGCCCCGACAUCAUCCCUUUCUUGCAUUUGAAAGAGAGAGUUGGCGAAGGGUGGAAGUACUCUCGUAGCCUCACUACCGACUACCUCAACACUCUUGAGAAAUCCGCUCGUGAAGGUGUUACAUUUGCCAACAAAAUGGUCUUGAUCACAGGUGCUGGCCGCGGAUCGAUUGGCGUUAAAAUUCUCGAAGGUCUACUGGCUGGUGGUGCAAAGGUCGCUGUUACAACUUCGCGCUUCUCGAAGGAGACAACUGAUUAUUACCAAGACAUUUAUGCCCGUACUGGCUCUGCGGGCUCGUCUUUGGUUGUUGUUCCUUUCAAUCAGGCUUCGCAAACCGAUGUCAAGGCCCUUAUUGACUACAUUUACUCACCCUCAGGUCUCGGAUGGGAUCUUGAUGCUAUUAUCCCCUUCGCUGCUAUUCCUGAAGGAGGCAUGGAAAUCGAUGGUAUUGAGAGCAAGAGCGAGUUAGCACACCGUUUGAUGCUCACUAACCUCCUCCGUCUUCUUGGUCAGGUGAAGUUGCAUAAAGAAGCUAACAAUGCUGUUACUCGCCCAGCACAGGUUAUUCUGCCAUUGUCACCUAAUCACGGAACAUUUGGUGGAGAUGGUCUCUAUUCCGAGUCUAAGCUUGCUCUAGAGACUUUGUUUAACCGUUGGUCCUCGGAAUCUUGGGGAAGCUACCUCACUAUUUGUGGUGCUGUUAUCGGUUGGACGCGUGGAACCGGUUUGAUGUCUCAGAACAAUAUAGUUGCUGAGGGUAUCGAAAAGCUUGGUGUCAGAACCUUCUCUCAGCAAGAAAUGGCAUUCAAUAUUCUCGGUCUUUUGACACCUACAAUUGUUAAUCUAUGCCAGAAAUCCCCAGUGUUUGCCGAUCUCAACGGUGGUAUGCAGUUCAUCCCUGAACUCAAGUCUUACAUGGCUACUUUGAGAAAGGAACUUAUCGACACUGCUGAGUUGCGCAGAGCCGUGGCAAUUGAAACUAGUUUGGAGCACAAGGUAGUAAACGGUCCUAAGGCUGAUUCUCCGUUCCAGAAAGAGUUCGUCAAGCCUCGAUCAAAUCUCAAGUUCGAGUUCCCCUCUUUGAAACCUGUUGAUCAGUUGCCAAACCCCAAGCUCAAGGGUCUUAUUGAUCUCGAUAAGGUUGCAGUUGUCACUGGUUUUGCUGAGGUCGGCCCUUGGGGUAAUUCGCGCACCCGUUGGGAGAUGGAAGCACAUGGUGAGUUCAGUAUCGAAGGCGCUAUCGAGAUGGCAUGGAUUAUGGGCCUCAUCAAGUACCACAAUGGACCCAUCAAAGGAAAGUCUUACACUGGCUGGGUGGAUGCCAAAACUGGAGAGCCCGUCGAGGAGAUGGAUAUCAAAGCCAAAUAUGAGCCUUACAUUCUUGAACACUCAGGCAUCCGUUUGAUCGAACCUGAUCUGCUCGAUUUCGACCCUAACAAGAAGCAAUUCUUGCAAGAGGUUAUUGUUGCUCACGAUUUGGAGCCAUUUGAGGCAUCGAAAGAGUUGGCCGAGCAAUUCCAGCUUGAGCAAGGCGAUAACGUCGAAGUUUUCCCUGUUCUUGAAAGCGAUCAGUAUACUGUUCGUUUCUUGAAAGGCGCUAGAAUUUGGGUUCCAAAGGCCUUACAGUUCAACCGUCUUGUUGCGGGACAGAUUCCCACCGGUUGGGAUGCGAGACGCUAUGGCAUCCCCGACGAUAUCAUCGAACAGGUUGAUCCCAUUUCGCUUUACGCACUGGUAUCGACCGUUGAAGCUCUUUUGGCUGCAGGUAUCACCGACCCUUACGAGUUCUAUAAGUAUGUGCAUGUUUCCGAAAUCGGUAACGCAUCUGGCUCUGGUAUGGGUGGUAUGACUGCUCUUCGUAAGAUGUUCAAAGACCGCUUCAUGGACAAGAGUGUUCAAAACGACAUCCUUCAAGAAUCUUUCAUCAACACAAUGUCUGCUUGGAUUAACAUGCUCUUGAUCUCGUCUUCAGGUCCAAUCAAAACACCAGUGGGUGCUUGUGCAACUGCUGUUGAAAGUUUGGAUACUGGCGUUGAGCUCAUCCGCAGUGGAGCGGCUCGUGUGGUUAUCGUAGGUGGCUAUGACGACUUGCGAGAGGAGGGCAUUCAGGAGUUCGGAAAUAUGAAUGCCACUUCUAACUCCUUGACUGAGUUAGAGCACGGUCGUACUCCUCGUGAAAUGUCCCGGCCUACUACGACCACCCGUUCAGGAUUUAUGGAGGCACAUGGUUCUGGUAUCCAAAUCCUUAUGAGUGGUCAACUGGCUGUUGAUAUGGGAGUACCAAUUUAUGGUAUCGUGGCUCUAACUGCUACCGCCACGGAUAAGAUUGGUCGCUCCGUUCCCGCACCUGGAAAAGGUAUCAUGACAGUUGCUCGUGAGGCUGUUGGUAGUGUGCAAUCUCCCUUGCUUGAUAUCAAUUACCGUAUUCGUCAACUCGAUGCCCGUAGAAGGCAAAUUGCCGCCUGGGCUGAAGAGGAGAAGUCAAUUAUUGACAGUAUGGAACUUUCGGCUGCUGAAUAUGCUACUCGGCUCGAACAGGUUUCACAAGACUCGCUUCGCCAACUCAAAGAGGCUCAGCAUACUUGGGGUACCGACUUUUACAACCGUGAUCCUCGUAUCGCUCCAUUGAGAGGCGCGCUCGCUGUUUGGGGUAUGACAAUUGAUGAUAUCGGUAUUGCGUCAUUCCACGGUACGUCUACGAAAGCCAACGAUAAAAACGAGAGUGCGGCCAUUCAUAACAUGCUAUCACAUCUUGGUCGGACUAAAGGUAACCCCGUUUUGGGUAUUUUCCAGAAGUACUUGACGGGACACCCUAAGGGUGCUGCUGGUGCUUGGAUGCUGAAUGGUGUCAUGCAAGCUCUUAACAGUGGCUUGGUACCUGGAAACAGAAAUGCAGAUAAUGUGGAUUCUGUCCUGGAGGAGUUCGACCAUAUUGUUUUCCCCUCAGUUACACUUGAGACUUAUGGAAUUAAGGCUGGUACUGUUACCUCGUUCGGCUUUGGCCAAAAGGGAGCUAUUGCCCUCGUUAUUCACCCCGACUAUCUGUUCUCCGUUCUCGAACCUCAUGACUACCAAGAGUAUUCGGCAAAGGUUGCAGCUCGUCAUGACAAGACCUAUCGCUAUUUGCAUGAUGCUAUGAGCAACAACACCAUGUUCCGGGCCAAAGAUAAGUCACCAUAUACUGCCGAGCAGGAGCAAAUCGUCUAUCUCAACCCCGAGGCUCGCGUUGAUGAUGAGUUCAAGUACAGCUCAUUGUCUGUGGAGUCGACGACAUCCAAAAUGCUCAAGUCUGUCACAGACGAGACAGUUGGUGUGGAUGUUGAGCUGAUUUCAGCCGUUAACAUCGAGAAUGAGACCUUCUUGAAUCGGAACUUCACUGAAGAGGAGCAGAAGUACUGUAGGGCUGCGCCAGAUGUCAAGGCAUCUUUCGCUGGUACCUGGUCGGCCAAAGAGGCUGUCUUCAAAUGCUUAAGAACCGAGGGUAAAGGUGCUGGAGCUCCAUUGAAGGAAAUUGAGAUCAUCAGAACAAAAUCUGGACCCACUGUUCGGUUAGUUGGUGAUGCGGAACGCGCUGCAAAGGGGCGUUCUAUUCAGGUGAGCAUUUCUCAUAAUGACAUCCAGGCUGUUGCUGUAGCGGUUGCAGGCAAGUCCACUAAAUAG